AUGGCCCCGUCUAGGCCCCGUACGGCCCCUCUACGGCCCCGUCUAGGCCCCUUGCGGCCCCUCUGCAGCCCCGUCACCGCCACCUUCGGCCCCGCCGCCGCCGCCUGCGGCCCCGUUGCCGCCACCUGCGGCCCCGUUGCCGCCACCUGCGGCCCCGUUGCCGCCACUGCAGUCAUGGCUACCCCCAGUGUCCUUACCUUUGAUGCUGAGGGCCGUGCCGUUGACUUUGAGGCCAGGGUCGAUGAUCUCCAGGUAUUUCUACAGUGCGAUAGGGCAGACAGACUCUCUCUAUUCGAUCUCACCUCUGGUGUUUCUCCCACCCCACCUGCGAUUGCUGACAGCACUGUUCGCUCACACUGGGCCACACGCGAUGCUGCUGCUCGCCUUGUUGUGCGUCGCCACUUACCAACCGCUGAGCGUGCGCACUUUAGCCAAUACAAGAGUGCUAAGACCUUGUACGACGCUGUAGUUGCACGCUACUCCUCCCCUGCCACUGCUGCUCUUAGUCGCCUCAUGCUGCCGUACCUGUUCCUGCUGCUUUUCCCACAGUCGCUAACCUUAUCACUCACCUUUGCACUAGUGACAUUCACUACCGCGCUGCGCUUCCUACUGAGUUCUGUGCCAAGAACCCCCCCCCCCAUGUACAUCACCCUCUACUACAUAGUCACCCGCCUCCCUGACUCCCUUCGCUUAGUCAGGGACCACUUCCUCUCAGUUUGCCCCACCACACUCACCGUCGACCUCCUCGAGGAGCGCCUCCUAGCAGCAGAGAAGAGCAUAUUCGCUGUAGGAGCCUCUCGUGGUGACCCUCGCACCCCCGUCUUUGAGGGGUGUUCCCCCUCCCCCCUCUUGCCCACUGUUGCUUCUGUUGCUGCGGCCGACCUUGUUGGUUUUGAGUCGGUCGGCGCUGCGUCUGCCCCGGGCUGGAGACGCCACACCGGCAAGGGCAAGGGGGGCAAGGGCGCUGGAGGGGCUAGCGGGGGCAGUGGAGGUGGUGGUGGAGGCAGUGGAGGGGGUGGGGGUGGUGGUGGUAGUGGUGGCGGGGGUGGAGGUGUCGGUGGCAGCAGUGGAGGCGGAGGAGGCGGCGGCGGUGGCGGAGGGAGCGGUGGAGGCGGCGGAGGUGGCAGAGACGGCGGAGGUGGCGGAGGCGGCGGCGGCAGCAGUGGACCUAGUCGCGGCUCUGCGCAGAGGAGUGGCUCCGCUGGUGGUCCGCGCCAGAAGCAGCGGAGUGGUGUGACUCUGUCCCCUCAGCAACUUCGUGAGUGGUACGCUGCGCGUCAGCGCGGUGGGGGUACUGGUCCCUGCACCUACGUUCUCCGUACCGGCGACCCCGCUGGUGAGCAGUGCGGGGGCCUGCACUCCACCCAGCGCUGCUUUGGCCGCCUAACGGACGCGUGGCGGCACCAGUUCCCAGAGGCCUCUGAGAUCCCUCGCUGGGGAGAGUUGUCUAGGGCGCGCUGGUGA